AGACUUGAGGCAACUUCAAAGAGGAAACGUUUAAAAACUACACAGACGGAACCGCCCGAGGGACAAGUUUGUGUGCGGAAGUGGGAAGGCGGAGGCAGAAAUGGAAGUCUGACAGUUCCUGGUUCUAGACAAUGUGAGCAGCGGGACAGACAGACAGACAGACAGUCGGAGGCUCGUCUUUGGAUCCUAAUCGUCCGGACCCAGAGGGAGGAAUGACCGGAGACGGAGCCGCUGGGAGGCCGGUUUCCCACCGGAGCGGACCCAGACCCCGGGCCGCCGUCCUGUUGUCGGUGCUUGCCUCCGCCGCCACCGUGGCCGCCGUCGGUUGUUUCUGUGCGCUCGUGUACCCCAUUAUCAAAGAGCUGAGAGCAGAGAGAGUGAGAGGAGAGGACGGGACAGAGCAGAGGAUGCUGGGUUUCUGGAGCAUCCUGGUGCUGUCAGUCUUAGUAGGAUGCAUCUGCUGUGUCUUCUCCUGGACGUUCUCCUACCUGGACUCGUACCAGCCUGGCAUGGUGUUUUCAAUGCCGCAGACUCUGGCACACUUCAGAGAUGGAUCCGGCCGUGGCUUUCUCAUGAGUUAUGGGGUUGCUGUUCUGAACGGCGUCAUGGCGAUGCUCACCGUCAUCUGGAGCCUCUCCUGAAACAAGAACAACCUCACCAGGUGGAUGACGACAACGCUCAGACAUCCAAGACUUCCUCCAGUGAUAGAUUAAACAGAAAGUUUGGAAUGGAAGAAUCGUCAUUAUGUACUUUGGAUCUAUGUUUUACCAACAGUCUAGCUAACAAUUCAAAUACCAGACUGUGUUUACAGUAAAGGAGUACACCCCUGUGCUAGUUAAUAAGUACAGUAUCUCCUCUGAUCAACCAUUAACAAUAAAUACUUUAGAAAGACCGCAGUGAAAGUAGAGACCCCAAAGUAGAAACUUAACCCACCUGUGAUCUCUGACACACACGCUAACAGUCAAAGCAAAGUCACCGCAUUAAUCAGGAGGUACAGAAGGAGCCAUACCACCUACAGGUAAGUCUUAGUACCACUAACCAGAGCUGCAGUAAUCCUACAGCGUCAUCAGGAAAGGUGCACCGCUUCCACAGUCUAGCUCUGAAAUACAGACCAGGAGGUGCAUCUAAUGCAUCUGGGUUGUUUGUGCAGCUCAUACCAAGCUGAACUUCCAAUUCGCUUACUAUUAAAAUCUAUAUAAAAAGAUAAGCAAUUCACCGUUGGUUGAGGAAAAUUCAGAGAUAAAAAUAAUUAUCGCAGGUUUAAAGCUACAGAGCAAGACUCUGAGAACUAGUGCACUACGAACCCAUUUCUAGAAAUUAAAGACAUCUUCCUGAGCAAAGCUGCAUCUUUAAGCUAGCGAUGGAUGAAUGAGUCGGUCUGAAGAAGCUGUGAAGCUUCAGGAACCAUCAUCCACCGUCUCUUUUUUAGAAUUUUUGCAGUUUUGGUCUUCUAGCCCACCAACUCUGCUCUCAUCAAACCUGAUUCUAGUCUCAGCAGGAAGCUUCUUUCUGCACAAAACAGCAGACAGACGAAGAUAUGAACUAUCUGCAAACAUGAGGAGCAUCUAGAAGGUAGAAAGCCAGAGGCUGCAGGAGACCAAAAUGGAGCAAAAAUAAACACUGAACUUUGAUGUGUGAAUAAACAACUUUUUCUGA